AUGCGGGCCCAGCGCUUAACGUACGCGUGUAGGUCCUUUGGGUACAAAUCCCUGCCACCUCUUGUUCGAAUAGCUGGCAGUGUGGACAGCCGCCAUUACAUUUCUGAAGUGUCAAAGGCCUAUCUUCGAGGCUUUAUUGACGCCAUUUUCAAACAAGACAAAAUCAUUCAGCAUGGAAAAUCCCCUGAAGAAGCAUAUAGACCCCUCAUCUUUGGUGGUAGUCCACCAUUUCUUUCAUUUAGAGAUGCAUCUGUUGGUCCUUCUACAUAUCAUCUAGGACUUUUGGAUUGUUUUCGUGCCGUGAAAAAGGCUUUGGUGAAUGGUUUUUUCAACUUUGAAAAUUUUAAUCUUGAAGAUUAUGAACAUUAUGAGCGUGUUGAGUCUGGUGAUUUGAACUGGAUAGUGCCAAAUAAAUUCAUCGCCUUUUGUGGACCUCAUCCCAAGAGUAAAAUAGAAAAUGGUUAUCCAUUACAUUCUCCUGAAUCAUACAUUCCAUACUUCCGCAAGCACAAUGUUUCUACUAUAGUAAGACUGAACAAAAAAAUUUAUGAUGCAAAGAGAUUCGUAGAAAAUGGCUUCGAUCAUAGAGAUUUAUUUUUUGUGGAUGGGAGUACACCGAGUGAUGCCAUAAUGCGAGAAUUUUUAGAUAUAGCCGAGAAAGCUAAAGGUGCCGUAGCUGUACAUUGUAAAGCUGGUCUUGGUCGCACAGGGACAUUGAUUGCAUGUUACUUAAUGAAGCACUAUAGGUUUACUGCUGCUGAAGCCAUUGCUUGGAUUCGAAUAUGUAGGCCAGGAUCUAUAAUCGGUCACCAGCAACUUUGGCUUGAAGAGAAGCAGUCUUACCUGUGGCUUCAAGGUGAUAUAUAUCGUCUGAGGAAAACACAUAAUGGUAACACUAAGAAAAAGGUUGCCGAAAGUAAAAUCAAAGAUGAAAAAUCUCCUAUGAGAUCUAGUCUGGCCAUUCCAAAAGAAAGGUUACGGAAUAAUACGCUUAGAACAAAUGUUAAUACCUUAGGUGUAAGAAACAGUUUAGAAGCUUUAGAUAAUGAUGCUCAAGGAAAUAAUGUACAAGAGGAGAGUAUAAAAAAUAGUAAACAUUUGGUAAAUGGAGAUCUAGAUAGAGAAUUUCAUGCUACCCAAGGAGAUAAACUUAACCUUAUCAAAGCUAAUAGAAGGCAUCCUAGGUCAAUUACCACAGGGACUUUACACUUGGAUGAACUCCGUGCAUUAAAAAGAACAACAUCCCAGCCUCUAAGGCCAUUACCUGCAGGAGGAGCUGUGCAGGCUUCCACAUAUGUAUCGCCAACAAAACCUAUUAGGGAAUGCUCACGAAUGCUACAGCCACCAAGCCCUCUUAAUUCUCCUGCACAAAAUCGAAAAUACAAUCAGAAACAAAAUGUACCGACUGCUGCAAGUAAAAGACAUCGGGCAUGCUGCAUUCUUGAGCCGAUCAGUCGUCCUGCAGUGAACCGAAAGAAAAGGCAUGCAGCUUCCAAACCAACUGUUCUCUGGGAUCCCAGUAGAAGCUAUCUGUCUAGCAGAGCUCCUCUCUAUCACCUUCGGCCCAUUAUCUUUCCUUCGGAACUCCAUCGAACUGCUGCUAAGCACAGUUCGGUGCUCGACCCUCUCUACUACCCAUCUUUUAUCUCUCGAUACCCGCCUUCCAUUCUCACAUUGAAAAACUCUUCACCUUCUGCUAAUAAACCUCCUAUGCCUAGGUGAAGCAGGCAUGUGGAUUCAAGAAAUGCAGUUUCAUUGAUCAUUUGAAGAUGCAGGCUUAUCUUCAUGAGCAAUGAUUUUUCACAUAACUCUGAGGACUGUUAAUUUAAAGUUUCAGCAUGUUAAUGACCUGUUAGUGUCAAGAUACGAGAGGUGCCUUUCUUCACUGCUUGAUGUUUACAGUUAAUGAAAUUUGACAAAAAGAUACUGCAUUGUUUUUCCAGACUAGCACAGCUUGAAAAGAAUAAUAGAUUAAUUUUUUACGCUUCGUUGAAAUUUUAAUUUAAAUUUGUAUAUUCUGUUAUGAUUUUGAUUAGAAUCACAUGUUUAAAAAGGUGUUGAAAUUUAAAAAUUGUGUUAUUAUCUUGUUAUUUAUUACUAUAAAUUAAUGUAAUUUUUUAAUGAUUAUUAUGUGAUUCUUCUUUAUAUACUAUAUAUAUUUUAAGUUAAAGACUAAUCUUCCUUUUGUGAAUUUUAACAUUUGAGCAUUUUGAUUUUUGUUAUGAUUUUUUAAUAAUAUAGCACUGGCAACUACUUUGUUAAGAAGAUAAUUUUUUAGAGGGAUUAAUAUUUCUGAGAUGGUACUAAAAGUUGUUAUUGAACUUCAUCAAGAGUCAUGUUCUUUAUGUCAUAAUGACUAUAUCCACAAGCCAAAUUGUCUAGAACUGGGAGUAGUUGUGUUAGAAAGAUCUCAGUGUACUUGCUUUGUGGGUAAAAAGUGUGGGUUCAUAACAUUAUCUUAUUGCAUGAACGCAAUACAUGUCUGGAAUUUUUAUAGAUAUUGAAAUGUUAGCUUUACUAAUACGAAGACUAAUGUUGCACAAUUUGUGUAUAUGAAAAAACAAAAAGGUGCUUUAUGAUAAGUAUUUCUAUGAAAUACUUUGAACACACUCUUUAAGUGAGAAAGUAGUUAGAAAUAUUGUGUUUUCUUUGUUGUGUUGUAUGAUUGUUAGCACUUGAUUGUUACUUAUUUUUGCAUAAAAUAUUGUUCAUAGUUUCAAAUUUUAAUCAAAAUUACUUCCAUGAAUGACAAUCAAAAUAAUUUUGAGUUAAUGAUAUUAUGAAAUUUUCGGAUCACAAAUUUGUAAUUCAGACAUAUUUGCAAAAUUAAUAGCUAAAAGAAAUAAUAGAAUAUUCCUCUAAAAAUUUUCUUAGUUUUCUUUUAAGUGUUGUAUUAAAAAAUGAUAUACUAGGUGAAUGACUAAAGUUAAAAUACAGGAAAAACCUUUCUUGAUGACCUCCUCUGAAUGAGACCACUAUUUCAUAAAACAUAAAUAGGCAUUAGAUUGCGUACCACCUCUCUAACCAUUCUAAUUUGAAUAUUUUCACUGAAGAUUAUUAUUAUCUAGAACUGUAAAUAUGUUGGAGAGGUUGCUUUGUGUAUUGUGUAUAAGAGAAUUCUUUUUCUAAAUGACUUUUAUCUAUUGAAAUAGUAAGGUUUUAAUUUAAAUUUUUGUAAUGUUAUGCAUGUUUUCUGGUAUAAUCACCAGAAAGUUUUUGAUUAUUUGCUUUUUAUCUAUAGGUUUUCAUAACUUGCUUGUUUAAAAUUAAUGAAAUAUAAUUAAUGUAAGGUGAAUCUCUCAUUACUAAACUAAACUCUUUCUCAACAGCUUUUUAAGUAUUUAUGUGGUUUUUAAUAUUUAUAUUUACAGAAAUAUUUAUAAGUUUUUUUUUAAAUUUUAUUUUUUAUUUAGUGAAUAGGAUUUUCUAUUCUAUUUAUUUGCAUCCUCUCACAUUUAAAAAAAAAUAUGCUUUUUAAUGGCAUUAAUUCUAAUUCUAUUGUUCCCACUACUUUGAAAAUUCAAAUGUUUUAUUACUGAAGAAAAAUAUUUCUUAAUAAUUUUCUUAAUAUUUGUAUAGUUGUAUGUAUGCAAUUUCUUCAGUUGGUGAAGGAAUUUUUCUUAUAAAUUUUUUGUUGGGCUUUCUACCUUUGGGGAAACUUUUAACUCCUAAAGAUGAGAGACUUAUGUCAGACAGCUGUCAAAAUUGAUAGAAUUUCAUACAAAUUUUAUAUCAAGCUUGCAUUUUUUGCCUAAUUUUAAAUUUGUGUGGUUCCUUAUAAACACUAGCUUGUGCUUUCAUUAUAUGUUGUGAAAUGCAAAAUCUAUUUAGAGCAUGUUUUGAGAAACAUGCUCUAAAUGAACUAAACUCUAAAGUGCUCUAAAGUCUAUUUAGAACAUGCUCUAAAGUCUAUUUAGAGCAUGUUUUGAAAAUUGUACCCUCCAGCAUGAAUUGCUUUUGUAUGUAUAUCUGUAAAUUGGCUAAAAUGUGUUAAUGUGCCAUCAGUUAUGCUUCUCGAAGUCAUGGCUGAAAUCUACUUUGUGGGGGUUUGUGAUGUCAUUUCUUCAAUAGAUGUAAUUUUCUUGCUUGCCAGUUUAUCAUAACAGCUUUAAUCAAUUCUGAAUUUUAUUCAAUUGUUGACAUUGUGUAUUUGCCAGUUCACAGACUUGUAUACAAAAAUGCAUGAUAUGGGAAGGUCUGUUUUCAGCAUGUGUUCUAGGAGAGUCACUUCAUGCCAGUGGUCUAUUUAAAGAUGCAUGCAGCUUUAUGCAUAUCAGCUACAUUUUUUAAAAAACAGAAAUCUUCAUAAAGGUGUCCUUCAUCUUUAUUUAGAUCCCUUUCUUGUACAAUCAUGAAUGUGUGGUCACUUUUAUGCCAAGACAAAGAGUUUGCUACAUUGUUUAGGAAAGGAAACGAAAACUUUUCUGCCAUAGUGAUGUCCCAUGACAAAGGUACCCAUGCCUUUAUGAAGGUUGCUUCUCCACUUGCAUAUUAUCUCAUCAGCUGCAAAAGUUGGUUAUUAAGGUUGCUUUGGCACUUGCAUCUUAUUUUGCGAACUAUGAAAGUUGGUUACUAUUGAACCAUGAAAGUUGGUGGAGAUCCUGCAAAAGUUGUGCAAACUACUCUUGUAAAAUUCUAAGCUGCACUUCUGUAUGCAAAUCUCUCUCUAUAUAUAUAAAAGGAAGAGUCUGUCUGUCUAUGGGUGUGUCUUUCAUUUCUGCUGCCCGUAAGCUAAUAGACCUAAAGCUACGAAAUUUGGUACAUAAGUGCAUCUAGGCAAGAGCCAGUGCACCUCGAAGCGAUUUUUCAAAAUUCGAAUGAGAUUUUUUUGUUUUAUGUUUUUUGAUGAAAUCGCAUCAAAUCCAUAAUUCUCUCUCAUUAUAUCAGCAACAAUGGCUGUGUGCCAUUGUUGCUGAUAUAUCACUGUUGCCAUUGUUGCUGAUAUCAGCACUGUUAUAGAAAAUAAGGACUGCAAAAAUAAGGGCACUAGUUCUGUUGCAGUUUUUAAAUUUAAUGUUACUCUUGGAUACUGGACAUUUGUCAAUAGAAGACAACCGGAAGUUAGCUUAUUUAUUAGGAUAAUUAAUAUUAAGGGAUAUUGCUUAUUUCAUUGUAACUUUUUUUCAUAUG